CAAACAGGCAUUCAAAAGAGACAACAAAGAAGGAAAUUGCAGUGGAAGAUGCAUCUAAAAUGCAUGAAGCCAUUAGGAAAAGGAGAUUAGAUGAUGAUAGCUUUCUUUGGAUACUUUCCACCAGAUCCAUUUCACAGCUCCGGGAAACUUUUGCAACUUACCAACAACUCUUUGACCACUCAUUGGAGCAGGACAUAGCAAAUUGUGGCGAGGAUGAUUUAGAAAAUCUGUUAAUUGCAGCAAUACGGUGCACAUGCAAUCCUGAAAAACAUUUUGCAAAGGUUAUAAGAGAAUCUAUGAUUGGGAUUGGAACCGAUGAAGAAUCGCUGAACAGAGCAAUUGUGAGUAGAGCAGAAGUUGACAUGUUGAAAAUAGAAAUUGAAUAUGCUGCCAUGUUUGACUCCAACCUUGUAAAAGAUGUCUGUGGAGAUACCUCAGGAAGCUAUCAAAAUUUCUUGAUGACUUUGAUGGGGAAAGAUCCUCUUGAAUAA